CUCCCCCGCCGGCCAGGGCCAGGCAGCGGCAGCUACGGCCGCAAAGUUCUUCCCCCGCGGCCCGGCCGGCAGCCACUGUGCGGCGGGCUCCCGGCGGAAGAUGGCGGGGCGACGCUGCCCCCCGUCCGCGCUGCUGCUGCUGCUGGCGGCCGCCCUGGCCGGGGCGCAGCCCGGCGGCCUCUACUCGCCCGGCGACGCGCUGGUGCUGCUGCAGGUGGACACGCUGGAGCGCAGAGUCCUCAACUCCAGCAGCGCCUGGCUCGUGGAGUUCUACGCCUCCUGGUGCGGCCACUGCGUCCACUUCGCCCCCACCUGGCGGGCGCUGGCCGCCGACAUCCAGGAAUGGAGCCCCGCGGUGAACCUCGGCGUCGUCAACUGUGCUGACGUAGCCAAUGAGAAAGCGUGCAAGAAGUUUGGGAUAACUGGGUUCCCAACGUUGAAGUUUUUCAAGGCCUUCUCCAAGAGCCCUGAGGACGGGACGAAGGUAUUCUAUCCUGGGGACAGCAUUCAGAACCUGAGGCAGAGCAUAAUCACCAACCUGGAGAUGCACAAGGAGACGUGGCCACCUGCCUGUCCACCACUGGAACCAGCCAGCAUAGAGGAGAUCCGUGGGUUCUUUCAAACAAACAAUGUCAUGUACCUGGCACUGAUCUUCGAGGCGAACGACUCCUUUGUGGGAAGAGAGGUGACGCUGGACAUGCUGCAGUACGAGAACGUCGCUGUCCGGAGAGUGCUGAGCAGCGAGGAGGAGCUAGUGAAGAAGUAUGGCGUGACUGCCUUCCCUUCCAGCUUCCUGCUCAUCAACAACGGGACCUUCAGCCGCAUCCCUGUGAAAAUGGAGGCGCGAUCCUUCUACACCUACUUCCUACGGAGGCUGCGUGGGGUCACGCGAGGCCCCUACGCGCCGACCAGCGCGCCAGACGCGCCGAUCAAGUCGACCCUCACCCCGCGGAGGCCUGCAGACCGCUCGAAGGUGUACAUGGCUGACCUGGAGUCCGCGCUGCACUAUGCCCUGCGGGUAGAGGUGGCCCGGUUCUCUGUCCUAACGGGAGAGCGCGUGAGGGCCCUGAAAGACUUUGUGGCAGUGCUGGCCAAGUAUUUUCCUGGCCGCCCCUUUGUCCAGAACUUCCUGCGCUCUGUGGACAGGUGGCUGAGGAACAUGAGAGAAUCAAGGAUUCCCUACAGUGCCUUGGAGCGGGUCUUGACCAACAGAAAAGAGGGUCAAGCCCCGGAAGUGCUGUCGAACAACAUAACGUGGGUGGGUUGCCAGGGAAGCAAACCUCAUUUCCGAGGCUACCCCUGCUCCCUCUGGACCCUCUUCCACCUCCUGACAGUGCAGGCGACUAGGUACCGCAGGCUGGGCACAGGCCCGCUCGAGGUCCUUGGCGCUAUGCGCGGCUACGUCUGGUCCUUCUUUGGCUGCCGGGAGUGCGCUCAGCACUUUGAGGGCAUGGCAGCGGAGUCCAUGGACAAAGUGAGAAGCGUGGACAGGGCAGUCCUCUGGCUUUGGUCAAGACACAACAGGGUCAACGCUCGACUGGCAGGUACCGAGACAGAGGACCCUGAAUUCCCCAAGCUGCAGUGGCCUCCCCCGGACCUGUGCCCUCUGUGUCACGGUGUGGUCAACGGGCGCCACGUGUGGGACGAGGCAGCCGUGCUGCGCUUCCUCAAGGCCCACUUCUCCCCGGCCAACAUCAUCUUAGACUACACGGAGCCUGAGAUGGUGCUGGUGGUCAGGCACAGCCGGGAGGCAAAGGAGGGAGCUGGAGAGAGGGCCAUGAGAGGGGAUGACGGGAGAGGGGAGGAGGAAGAGAGAGGGGAUAAUGGGAGAGGGGAGGAGGAAGAGGAGGACGAAGGAGAAGAAAGGAGACCAGGGGAACCAGAGGCCGCAGAGGUGGGAAUGGAGGUGGGUGGCUCGGAGAGACGAGGCUCCUCAGGGCCACGGAAACCAAGCAUCGUCCGGAUGAACCCCAAGACGCAGGAGCUGGAGGAGGACAUUGUGGACCUGGACUCCUUCAGUGAGCUGCACUACAAGAGCAAAGCCCUGAAGGCUGCGGCCGUGGCGGCCAACAAGCGGUGGCGGCUGAGCAAGAGGGACACCAUCCCGCUGCUGCUGGCGGACGACAGCCACCAGGACUUUGACUAUGCCGCGGCCUGGGAGCGCUUGAGGCGGCGGGGGCGGGGCUCCAAGCAGCUCAUCGGGGCCCUGGAGGAAGACGAAGGGGACGCCCUGAGGAGGAACCAUUGGUUCCGCAUGCUGGGAGUGGGCUUCUCCCGCCUGGACCUCAGCCUGUGCAUUGUCCUAUACUUCCUCUCCUCCAUGUGCCUGCUGGGCAUGUACACUUUCUUCCGCAUGCGCACGAGGCUCCGCAAGGGCCGCCCCGGCUUCCCCACGGCUUGAGGCUGGCGAGGGUGCUGGCGGGGUGGGGGUGAUGGUACAGGGCAAGUGCAAACGAUUCCUUCCGGGGCUCUGUGGCUGGAGGAGCAUCAGACUUUCUCCACCAGGGUUGCUAGGGCAGUGGGUGCAGCUGGACGGUUUCUGGAUCUCACCACUGCUGGCUGCACGGACAUGGGGCCGCCCAUCAGAUAGAUGUGGCAGGGUGUUCUUCAGGGAUCCAAGAGCCUUACCAAGCCACCCGAGCUCCUCAGAGACCUCAAGCGGAGCUGCUCUCGGGUCAGGGUGGAGGGCUGGAGGAUGGAGUGAACUGGGAGAGGUGGGGGGGAGUUCUAGCUGCCUCCCUGCUUACAGUAGCUCAGCCAUUAAUAAGGACUGGGGGGCCUCCUUUCUGGUCUGGGGCUGUGAGCAGUUUGCCUUUGAUCACUGGUGUCUCUCUGGGCUGAUUUAUCUGCCCUGGGCGCAACUUACCACCCCUCUGAAAGCGAGCUAGAGCUGCUGCGUAGAAGGUGGCCAGACCUGUUCUUGCUGAACUGGGUUCAAAACCUCUUCAGCGCACACCAGGCCUGCACUACAGCUCCAGCUACGCUAUCAGUUUUCCCCAUGUAGAACUAGCCCUUUGGGGUUAAACCACUAGAGUUGGGGCGGGGGAGGAGGGGGAAUUGGGACAGCCAGGCUUAGUUAAUAUAGGCGUUGGGCGGUGGAAGGAUCAGAUCGCUGUGGGGUCACUAAUGCUUCUUGUGUUUUGCGAUCGGUUGGGCCAAGAGUUAGAUCAGACUCCUUUCCAAAUUCCCACCGGUCAGACAGACCAACUGGUACCACUGAGUAGGGGGCCAGGAUGGCGUAGGGGUACUGCACAGCCUCUGCCCCCAUCUCUAGUCCAUCUCGGCUCAGCGGCGAUUGCCGUCUGGCAGCUGUUCCAUGCAGGGGGGUUGAGUGCAGCUCCAAGCGCAGCGGGAUCCCCGCCACAGAAAGCCCCCAGCAGUAACUGCACCCUUAGCGCUCUCAGCAGAGAAGGAAAGGGUUGAAUGGGCUCAGAUGCGACGCUCAUCACUUGCCUCUAGACGUGGUCAGGGUUAGGGGAUGCUGUGAGAGCUGGCACACCCAUCGCCACUGCAGUAGCUGGGCUUUCCCGCCUACGUGUCAGUCCUGCUCUGCGAGUUCUCAUCCUGAGUUGCAGCGGGAGGGCAGGGAAAGAGUGAAAACCUGAUCUGUCGGAGGCUGCCCCCUAAGUCCCAGGAGCAGUGAGGGCCCAGGGGUGCAAGGCUAGCAGAGGGAAUAGCACAGCUGCAUGCCCUGGUACUGUUUCCUGCUGCACCGUGGUGAAGGUGAAUCCAGCCCCAAGCGCCCAGGCUGCCGCAGAGGGUGCAGAACUUUCCCUUUGCCAGAUGAUUCCUUCACUCUUGUAGGCCAGGAUCACUAAUCCAUUCACCCCAAGGUGCUCUUGCACUAUGCUUGGUGUAGGUGACACCCCCCCACAAAUAAGGGACUGCGGUGCCACUGGCUAGAGAUAUGCGUAACACAGACAGGUGCUGAGGAAGUUGUGUAGCCAGAGUUAAGCCAGUUCACCUUAAUCCUGACCUGAAACACUCCCCCUCCCUCCCCCCCGCCCCAUGUACUAUUUGUGUCACGAGCCACUGCGCUCCUUAGACUAAUGCAUCUCAAUCCUAUCUUGAAAUACCACCUGCUCCACACUCUUGGCUUCCUCCUAUGCUGGCUCUGCAUUCGUGAGAGAGACCGAGAGAAAUGGCCACAGGGGUCAGACUCACCAAUUGGCAUCUGGCUUCUGAAGUUCAGAGCUCGCAGGGGAGGAGUCGCUGUAUUAACUGAGAACAGCUGUUACAUCCAGCCUCCCUGCAGCCCAGAGCACGCUUGGGCACAGAGGUGGGUGGGAAAGGACAUGGACCCUUGGUCUGACCACAGACCUUUCUGCUGGAUCAUCUAAUUCUGUGCCACCUUGGCCUGUCAUGUGGUUGAGGCUGUCCCCAGCCUUCUCCUGCGUAUGGGUGUGGGGGAGGAGGGUAUUAGUGCUGGCAGGGUUCUGUGUCAGCCUGUGCUGUGUUUCACCUGCUGGGGACAUGCUCGGGCCAACGGGUCAUCUCUCUGAAAGUCUGUCAGGCAGAUUUGCUGCUAUCCUCAUGCUUUAACGUUAGAAGUGGGAGGAGGUGGGGAGCUUUGCCCGUCUCCCCCCUCCACAUAUUAUAGUGUUUAUGAAACUGGAACUCUUCCUUUUGGCACCCUGGGUGGGGCCAGCCUUAGAGCCAAAUUCCCCUUGUACAAUAAAAAGCCAUAGAACAUACCAGGAAGUCUUGUGCUGCUCCAUUACCCCACUCUGUUCCCACCUGCUUCAGCAUGCACGUAUGGGCGCCUCCAUUAGGGUUCCCGGCCACGCAUUUGGGUGCUGUGUUUCGGUCUCGCAAUCCCAGCACCCAGAUGCACCUGGGUGCUUGUUCAGUACUGGGAAUAUCCCCGCCCACAUCCUUGUAUAGUGAGCACCAUCAGCCCGGAGCAUCUGAUCUCUGCCCCCUGGUGUUAGCGCACCUCACCGGCCUGCAGAUGCUUGUCACUUUGUUCAACCUUUCUAUGAAACCCAUUGUACUGGAGUCACUGUUGAGCUGAGGAAAGGGAAUCCUAAUGCAAAUCAUGGCACUGCAAGAGUUGCUUAACUUAUCCCCAGUCAUUCGCCAGCUCUUUGUGGCUUCCCAUCCUGUCCUUUGGUUUGUGCAUUGUUUUGAGUGAGGUCUGCAGGGCAGGGACUGUCUAGCACUGUGCAAAUGACCUUUGGGCUGGUGGGAUCCAGAAGCUGGCUGCCCAGUGGGUGAAGGAGCAUUUCUUUUUGAUUGUUCUGAACAUAGCUCCUGGUACCAUCCAAGUAACCCUAGGUACCCGUAGGCUUUCUUCAAAGGGUGCAUCCAACUAGUUACAAGUUAGGACCAAGCUUUUCAAAAGUGACCAGGGAUUUUGUUUAGCCAGGGAUUUUGUUUUGAGAGGCCUCGAAAGGGCCUGACUGUCACAGGCUGAAAAUCCCGCCCCUUUCAAGGUAUGUCCAGUUUAGCAUCUGAAAUCACUGGUCACCUUAGCAGGUCCCUUAGGGCAAGGUUUGCAGGGUUUGCUCUAAGGCCUUGUCUGUGCUGUGGUUUUGUGCUCCAUCGCCAGCUGGAAAGCCAAUGUAGAUUGUCUGCCUGUGCUUCUGCCACUGUGGCAUCUAACCCAGGUCAGAUAGCUGUAAAAAUGCUAGCGGCCGAUCUGUACUUACACCACCACUGGUGGGGCUCCUACAGCAACGAUGGGUGACAGCCAGCCUGCCCCCCUGUGGACAAGAGCUAGGUUUUUAUCAUCUCGGCCCCCCCCCCCCUUUUUUUGUUUGUUUCUUUUUGCAUCCCAAAACUGGGGAGGAGGAGGGGAGAGACUGGUGCCUGGAAAUGGGGACUGCCCUGGAAUAUGGGGUGGGGGGGGGAGCAACCUAUGAUCACUCUCCCCAUCCCCUACUUGGUGCUUGAGAACAUCUCCUGCCCUGAGCCUCUCUGCUUCUUCCAGUGCAGCCUGGACUUGCUUUUGGGAGUGGUGAGGCUCCUGUGGCUCUCCCUUCCCUGGGCUUGUGCUUUCCUGAUGGAUCUGACCUAAGCCUGCCAGGAUGUUUCUAAAGCCCAGAGUGGGAUAGAUGAGUUCUUUGCUCCUUUCCGAAAUGUGCCUUUUAAAAAAAUCUGGACUCCUGAGCUACAAAACAUUGGCUCUGAGAUCACCUGUGGAUUCCUCCCUGAUUUUCACUAGGUUACCUUCCUUUUGCCAUCUACAGGCUGGAGCUGGGGGACCAGCUUGCUGGGCUGCUGGAUUUUGGAUGGGGCUUGGAAUGUAUCUGAGCCUCCCAGGACUGUGCCCAUGAGGAGCUAUGCUAGCCCACUCAGAGCUACUAAUGGGCAUCCCUCAACCCGCUGGAGUGGCUUGCUGCAUGCCUGGUCCUUGAUGAGCUGGUGUCUGUGGAUGGAAAAUAGCCACUCAAAGGAAUUCUGACAUCACAUGAUGGGGUCACACAUGCCCUUUCAUGUUGCCUGGCAUUAUGGGUCUUUGUGUGUCACUGGAGAGAACAGAUUCCUUUGGGAAGGGAGAGGGGUGCUGCAUCAUUAUCUAUCUCAGCCAGUCUGCUGUAAGGGGCAGAGCUGCUUGCCCCAGCCCAGACCUUUACCUCAGUGUGUUGCCCCCAGGCUGAGGUCUGUGGAACGCUCUGCUCCAGGAUGGGAGGAGGAGAAACAUUUUUCUGUAGUUGUCACAAGAGGUUGGUUUGGUUUCAUUUUCUUCACUUUCAAAGUGGUGGUUGGUUUGUGCUCUGUUCCUGGUGCCAGGCUGCUGCGACAGAAGGAACUGGGGUCUCUGAACGCGGUGGCUGCUUGUGUUAAUGGAAUAAAUUAUUUUUGCUAAUAAAUGUUCUGCUGCGUUGGA